AUGCGCCGACACGUUUUGAGAGCCACCAUCGCCGCCGCUCCUGCUGCGUCGCUGCUUGUUGCACCUGCCCGUGGCAUCUACACCGUCUGGGGGUCGACGCCGAACGAGGAGUGGGCGACGCGCACGCCGUGGAUAAAGCGCAUCACCAAUCAGAGGCAGUACCGUAGCUUCGAGUUCUGGCACGUGCCGGUGGUGGAGGAGCCCGACGGCGUCACACUGUCGGCGGUGGAAACGUACCUGCUGAGCUGCAUCGAGGACGAUACCAACCGACUGAUGAAUAUCAGUUGGACUUACGACUUCGACCCGUUCUGGAAGGACCGCGUGAAUUCACACAAUAUGCUCUUCGACAUCAUCUACAAGAACCGCUACCCCGUCUACAAGUACCUCUUUGGCGACUACUCGAGCAACGAGGCGGCGCGGAGCCACAUCGAGAAGAAACUCAAUUACCUCACAUCCAUGAUGCAUUGGGCUGCAAUGACGGAGAGGCGCUACACUGCAAUCGUGAAGGCGAGGUAUGCCGUGCAGCGCGAGGUGUGGAACGCGGUGGAGCGCGAGCGGUACCUGGCGGGCUGUGUCGAGAUUGUCGAAUCCUUCAAGAGGAAGAUACCGAAGGAAUUCGCUAGCAAGGCGAUUGGGGAGCUUGAAAACGACCUCGUGAACAUGCGCCACUGGGUAUGGGACUGUCCCAACGCAAAGCGGACAUUUGAGCAGUUGUCGUAA